GUUUCUUCCGGAAACUUUUGCAGGUGACGCAACCCGGAACUACAUCCCGUACGUCCCCCCCAUGCGUGUGUAGUGUGGAAGUGUGAGCCGGGCAGUUUUGGCGUGAAUAGGAAUGAAACAGAGAAUUUGCACCAGAAGUUUAUAGUUCCCCUGUAUUUGCGUAGCUUUUCCUGUCUGGCCGAGUCGCUCUCCGCCUCGUAACAACCGAGCUGACAGCACCAUGAUGCUGGAGAAGGUGAGGCUGGUGGCAGAUAUCUUCUUCGCCCUCAGACACUCACCUGGUGAAGAAGCCGUCCACUGUCUGUGCUCCAGAGCCUUCGUGCAGGAUCGGGAGUUGUAUCGGUCUGAUAACAGGCUGCUCUGCUCUGACCUGACCGACGCUCAAAUCCAAGAGGAGGAUGGUGAAGAAGAUGAGGAUGAUGAUGAAGACGAGGUAGCAGAGGAGGUCUUAGAUGAAGAGGCUCAGCUGAUGGUCAGCAUGGGUCUGCCGCUGGCUUUUGGCAGCUCCUCUUCCCAGUUGAGAGUGGGAAGGAGAUCGAAUAGGAACCCAGCCAGAUACUGUGCAGCUCCACCUGCAGUGGCCGAAGAUGAAGAGCACAGGAUUGAAGAUGAAAAGGAAGAAGUGUCAGAUCCACAUGGAGGAAGAGGAGGAGAGGAGGAGACACAGAGCGUCCAGGAUGUUGGCUGGGAAAACUACUGGGCUCAACAAGGCCAAACUCUGCUGUGGCAAGGAUGGCUGGAGAAACAUCCAGAGAGCCAGCUGUCAUCUGCUGAAUGCCCAGAAACAGUUACUGCUCCGUGGGAUAACCCAGACACAAAGGCUGCCUGGGACCAGCAUGCCUCAGAGACCUACUACUACUACUGGGAGCAGUAUUCCUACUGGGCAGCCCAGGGCUGGACCGCUGAGCAGCCGGUCUGUAGUGAGGACACUGAAGGACAGCCAGCAACAGGGGGGGCGGCUGGAGAGACAGACACACUCACAGAAGAUGGCAAACAUGGACAGGCUGGAGCUUGUGAUGAUCUAACUGGGCAGAACUGCAAGUUAGAAGCAGGUGCACGCGAUGUGGUCGAUCUUAUUGGUCAGAUGAGCCUUGACACACAGGAGGUCACUGGCCAGUGUGAUGAUGCAGAGCAGCAGGACGGAGCUGCUUGUGGGAACGAUCAACCUUGUGACGGUGGAAAUGAUCACAAGAGAGCUGCUUCCUCCUCAACACACAGCACUGCAGAGAACACAGGUUCCCUGCAGGGCAGUGGCAGCCUGGACAGUCAGAAUGGAUCUGGACAUAAGAGAAUGUCUAAUGACAAAGAAGACGAUGAUGACGACAAAGAUCCAGGAGGAGGACAAGCUAAACUGAAAAGGAGUCAUGAGCUCGAUUUGGACGAGAAUCCUCAGCUGACAGAAGAGGAUGCUUGGAAUACACUGGGACUCAAACGCAACCCACACUCUGUGUUUGACACUGUGCUCAGGUUUAAAUCCAGCUCCAGCCAGAAGCGGCAGGGCCAGCGGUGUAGAAGGAGGGCAGCCAGCCGUGUCAACAAACACACCAGGUUUACUGAGCGGGACGAGGGCAGCGCUCAGCCACACAUCAGCACCACCCUCCACAAGGUACAGAACUUCCUUCAGAUGGUCCAGAGAGAGACACAGAUCACCUCAUGUGACCCGAAUCAGAUGGGAACAGGAGGAGGAGACGGCAAACAGGAGCUGCAGGAUGAAUCCUCACCUUUUGGAGAUGUGGCAGAAAAGCAAGAGAGGGAUGAAGAGAAAAGGACAGGAGAGAUGAAUAUCACUUUGGGUAGAAAUGAAGAGGCUGAAGAGGAAGAGUAUCCUAGUCCUCUGCCUAGUACAGAACCAGACAGGAGGACUCAGUCCAGUGCCUCCUUCAACUCCUCUGCUUGGACUGUCAGCACUGGCCAGGAGAAUGAAGAGGAGGAGGAGGAGGAGGAAGAGGAGGAGGAGCAGCCCGGCAGACAGUUAGUGUGUCUGGAAAUCCCUGACUUUCUGCUGUCAGAUCAACCAGAAGACAACACAGAGCGGUCUGAGGGUGUGAAGGGCGUGGAGAAGCAGAAGAAGAGGACCAAGCGAGCGAGGGUGCGGCGGAGGGGUGGAUGUGGAGAGAUGCCGGCGGAGAUGGCAGCUGAGCCCGAGCUGGCUAAAUACUGGGCUCAGCGCUACCGGCUCUUCUCCCGCUUCGAUGAGGGAGUCAGGCUGGACCGCGAGGGCUGGUUCUCCGUCACACCAGAGAAGAUUGCUGAGCACAUCGCCCUCAGGGUCGACCACAAGUUCUCCAACUCCCACCUGGUCAUAGAUGCCUUCUGCGGGGUCGGAGGAAACGCCAUCCAGUUUGCUCUAACUGGCAAGAGAGUUCUGGCCAUCGACAUCGACCCGGUGCGCCUGGACUUGGCACGCCACAACGCCAGGGUUUAUGGCGUUGCUGACCAAAUAGACUUCCUACAGGGGGAUUUCUUGCAGCUGGCACCCGGUCUCCAUGGUGAUGUGGUUUUCUUGGCCCCACCAUGGGGAGGACCAGACUACCUGACCGCCGAUGUGUUUGACAUCAAGACCAUGAUAGAGCUUGAUGGUUUUGAGAUCUUCCGCUUGUCCAGACUGAUAUCAGAUAACAUCGUGUACUUCCUGCCUCGCAACGCUGACAUGGACCAGAUCGCUUCUCUGGCUGGUCCAGGAGGAAAGGUGGAGGUGGAGCAGAACUUCCUCAACAACAAGCUGAAGACCAUAACUGCUUACUUUGGCAGCCUGAUCAAGUCAGACUGAUUCCCCCAUGAAGAUUGUCUUCUUCUGCUAACAUUAAAAUCAAGCAAAGAUCUGCUUCCUGCAGUGACCUAAUGGGCUGCAUUCAUAUUCAUUUCAGUUCACUCCAUCCAUAACGUACCUUUUGUCAGCAAUUCCAGAACUAAAAACUUUUGUUAAAGUCAAGUGUAAGUCCAGUAAUAUGUAAGGAUGUUAUUGGAAGCAACAUUGUAAAUGUUAGUGGAUUUCCUGAAAAUGUCGACUCUUCAGAAAAUCAGCCUUGUUUCCAGUUUGACCACCAUGCGUUUCUGACUUUAUCCAGUGGGCGUUGCUUAAAAGCAGCGGUGGAGGCACGGAAUUCCCAAGAUUGGAGAUCUACCGUUUUAACAUAACAGCAGCAAUCUGUCUUUUCUUUCUGAUUUUUAGUGUACUUUUAUUUUAUAGUAAAAAAUAUUUUUAUUACGUUGUUUUAUAUUGUCUGUCACAGCCAAUAAAUCUAUAUUUUUAUUAUGAUGUA